CUUUCUUUUUUGUUCAUUCUUCACCAAACAAAUAAUUAAGCUCUCUCUCUCUCUCUCUCUCUCUCUCUCAAUCCUCUGGAUAAGGCCGGAGAUAGAGAGAGAGAAAUUAACAGAGAAAAGCAAGAAAAUGUGUCCACUGAGACUCGUUCUCAUCUUCUUGUCGGCCACGCUCGCCGGUUUCUUAGUGCUGAAAAACCUCAAGUCUCAACACCAAAUUCCUCGAGAUCUGUCCGGCGAUUCACCCAAUUCUGCAUCUGAAUCUUCCGCACCGCCCACUUCCGCCAAUCGAUCCUCCAAGGUUUGGGGGGCGAUUGGGACGGGCUUCUGGACCUGCGUUGACAUGGCUAGCGGCCGCUACCUCUGGAGAAAUUUGAUUUCUUCUUCUUCUUCUUCUUCCAAGCGCACUAGCUGAUACCUUGUAAAGAACUGUAUGUUUCUGUUUUCUUUUCUUUUUUGCUUUCGGGUUCUUAAGCAAGAGCGUGGUUUUUUCUUCUUGAAUUGUAGAUCUGAUUUGCUGCUUGCACUUGGAUCUGAUAUGAUAUGUUUCUGAAUAUAUGUUUGUACUGGGCAUAAUAUUUUACGGUUAUGGGCUUGUGAUGGAGCUUGAAACUGCUUCCCUUGGUAA